GCUUUGUCCACAGGGAAGUUCUGGCAAUUACAAGCACUGGCCACUUCACCUUUCCUUUCCAGCUGUGUGGGGCUCAGCCGAGUGACCGCACAGGAGAGCAGUGAGGCCAUUUGAGGCCUGAGCCUGGUCCUCGGGACUUGACAAUCUCUCCCUGCCACCAGGCACCCUGCCCCAGCCCCGCUCAGCCAUCUCCACACUCCUCUGACAGAAUGAACGCCCUGGACGGUGUUCCCUUCAAGGUGCCCAAGGGCUUUGUGAUAGAUACAGAACCUCUCCCUGGGCCAGAGCUCAGUGUCCCGGCCUGCAGGGAGCUUCUGCUGGGUUCUAUGCAUGACUUCAGCCUGGAGAGGAGGGCGCUCUUCUGGGUGGAGGCCGCCGUGUGGGGACCCCGCGCGUACCAGUGCGGGGCCCCGGGGACCGCAUCAGCCCCUCCGGCCUGGUUCUUGCUGGUCAGCCCCGAACCCGGGCUGGCGCCUGCGCCUGCCGCAAUCAAAGAGCCGGAGGCCGGACCCCAGGAGUGGCCCGAGGAAGAGGAGGAGGACAAGGAGGACGAGGAAGAAGCCUCCUCUGCCAGCGAGGACGAGCCGGGCCCCUGCGACCCCCAGCCCGGCUCCCCGGCGAGCCCGGGCCCCGGCCCUCGCCUGGGCUCGCUGGACGUGCUGCGCGGCCUGAGGUCGGAGCUGGCCGGCGCGCGGCGGCGGCUCUCCGCGGGCCGGCUGCCCGCUCGUCCCCGCGCCCUCCUGCACUGCUUCCGCGGCCGCCGGGCGCUGAGCCUGUGCUCCGGCCCCACGCCGCCCCCGGGACCGGCGCCCCAGCUCCCCGGCGCCUCCGAGCCGGCCCCGCGGCCAUGCACGGCCGGCGCCGUGCCCCCGCUGCGGAGCCGCGAGCCCACAGUCGCGUCCCUGAGCCCGUACACCUGCCUGCCGCCUCCUGGGGAGACACCCCAGCCUCUCGACACGUGCAGAUCACACCCUGAUGCUGCGGCUGACCUGCUGUCCGCCCUGAGCCAGGAGGAGCAAGACCUCAUCGGGCCAGUGGUGGCCCUGGGAUAUCCCCUGCGAAGGGCCAUUGUGGCUCUGCAGAAGACAGGGAGGCAGAGCUUGAGCCAGUUUCUCGGCUACCUCAGCGCCUGUGACCGGCUGCUGCGGCAGGGCUACGAGGAAGGCCUGGUGGAGGAGGCCAUGGAGAUGUUCCAGUUCUCCGAGAGCCAGGCAGGGGAGUUCCUGCGCCUCUGGGAACAGUUCAGCGACAUGGGCUUCCAGCAGGACCGGAUCAAGGAGGUGCUGCUGGUCCAUGGCAACCGCCGAGAGCAAGCCCUGGAGGAGCUGGUGGCCUGUGCGCAGUGACCGCUGGGCACUCCCCAAUGCCCAGGCACCCCCGUCCAGGGCCAGAACUGGCAAUCCAUCCUAACUGUAUUAUUAAACCAAGUAAGAAUAACAAA